AGAGAGGAGCGUUGUCCAUAUUGACGAACUAAACGUUUUUGGAGGAAAAAACAGCGAGCGGCUGAGGUGCGAGCCAGCGGGGAUAUCGUGAAGCCGAAUCCGUUCCGUGCUGUGCCAAGUUGAGCCUGACGAGGGCGAUGUCUGACAACAGCAACAGCACAGGCAGCACAGGCUCCUCCACCAACAGCUGGACCCUCCUCUCCCCCGAGGAGGCUGCAGUUGAGAAUGUCGGGGCCGUGGACGAUGGCACAGAGAGUCUGGGCGACGUCCCCAGUCUCUCCGAGGAGCUGGCAGGAGCUGCUGCUGAAUUCAAACCAGGUGACAUACCUGUAGAAACUGUCCUGUCUGAAGAAGGCCAUCAGGUGUGUCAAGAGACCUCCCCAGAGUCCAGUGAGGGUCCCAUCCCUUCCAGUCCAUCCCGGAUGAGCCCCAUGCCGCUCAACCCCCUCGACCCUACAGACCUUGACAUGGAGAGUCAGCCUCCAGUUAUCCACGAUAUAGUAACCAGCUCCCCCAGUGACAAUGAGAACCAAGGAGCCAUGCAGUUUGUCACCAACAUUGAUUUGGGAGCACAACUCGAUAUUCCACUUGUUGAAAUCCCUUCAGCUGAGCCCGAGGAGUCCUGCUCUGGUGCUCCCAUCACUGAGAUCCCGGUCUCUGUGGAGGAUGUGCUCGACCUGGCUGCUGACACUGGACUGAUUCCUGCGAUUCCUGCUGAAGCUGAGGUUAACAUCUCCACAGAGACCCUGACAGCCUCUGAAACUCAGUCUUUUGUUGAAGCUGAUGUCAGCUCUGGUCCAGACAGUACAGAGUCAUCAAGCUUAGGCCCAGAGAGCCCGGUGACAGAACAUCCUCGAGAAGAAAGUCCUGCACUGGAGACUGUUGGUUCGGCUGAGGCAGAGGAGGAGGCUGCUGCUGAAGAGGAGCCAGCGAAGCUUUUUGAGACGGAGAUCCAGGGUGAGCGAGAAGAAGAAGAGGAAGAAGAGCCGUCCAGCAGCUUGGAUUUGGGCGACUCCAGCAGCAUCGAUGACGGACUGAGGAGGAGGAACGUGCCCUCCUUUGAGGCACCAAGACCGAGAACCUCAGACGAGGAAGAUGAGGAGGAGGAAGUAGAGUUUAAGUUGGCGGAGAAGAAGGAGGAAAAGCCAUGGUUCUCAAUGAACAAAUGCAUUGUGGGUGCUCUGGUCCUGCUCUUCUUAGGUUCCCUCUUUCUCUCAGGUUUCCUCUCUGACGUGGAUAAUGGACGUCCAGUAGUGCAGAUAAGAUCCCAGUGUGACUACGACGCCUCCGAACUGGGUGAUGGAGAACAAAGCCAGGACUGGCUUAGCGGUGAUCCACAGGAUAUGAAAGAGCUAUUGGAUAAACUGACGCAGGAAAACCAACAAAUCACUCAGCUAGAGGCUCAACUAAAGUCUCAGAAAGAAGAGCUUGACUUGGCGCUGAAGGCAGUAGCAACAAGUGGAGAUGAAAAAGGUAAAGCGGAUCUGGAGCAAGAAAAUGCGAAGCUGAAGCUGGAGCUGUCGUCUCUGCCUGAGCUGAGGACCGAGCUGGAGACGCUGAGAGCCAGAGUGACUGAACUCAGCCAGCUCACAGCUGAUCAGGAAAUACUCCCAGAUACUUCUGGCUCAGCCUCUCAGCCGGCUGAUAAAGAUGCUCCGAGUUACCAGAAAGCAGCUGGACCAGAGAGGAGAAAGGAGGACACGAACAAGGGAGGGAAGUUGAAGGAGGAGCUCCAGCGGCAGAAGGUUCUCUUGGAGGAGAGCAAGAAGAGACUGCAAGGGAUGAAAAAAGAUGGAGGCGACAGAAAACGAGUAAGGGACAACCUGGAGGAGAUCCAGAAGAAACUUUCGGAACAAGUCGAGAGGUGGGGGAAGAAGAAGCCGCAGGAGUCCAAAUGGAAAGGGAGCAAAGGCAAAAACAACGACCACUGGAAGAAAGAGGAGAAGAAGGAGUGGAGGGGAGAGAAAGACUGGAAGCACAGCAAAGACGGAGGAUGGAGGGACAAAGAGGAGAAGAGGGAGAAGGAGUGGAAGUCUCAGAAGCAAAACUCUCACAAAGAAGCCUGGAGGAAACACCAGGAUGACUGGGAGAGGAAGAAGGACGAGCGCAAGAUGGACAGGGAGCAGCGGAGGAAGGAGAAACCGUGGCACAGCAAGCCGGGAAAACCCUCCCACCAUCAGCACCAGCAUCACCACCAGCAGCCCCGCCAGCCCCAUCAGCACCACAACGGAGACUUCUGGAGAGACCAGGAACAGAAGCUCCAGCGCAACGUCCGCCCCCAGCUGGGCUGCACCUCCGUGGACGACUGCGCCAGCAAGGAGGGGCUCUACCCAGUGGAGCUGUCCGAGUUCGAGGAGCUGCUGGAGGGCUACCUGAGCAAGCUGGAGGGCUCCUCGUCCGAGAGCAAGGACAAGAUCAGGAAGCUGACCACGGAGUUCUUCGAGGACGGCGUGUUCAUCCACGACAGGGUCCUCUUUAGCGACUUUGCCGAGGACGUGGCGGACAUUCUGGAGGACAUGGUGGACGUUUUAGAGGACCACGGGAAGAAGGACGACGACUCCCUGGAGGAGGAGAUGGAGGAGUUCGAACGGGAAGCCCUGUGGAAGUUUGCCGCCACGGCUUAAAAACAGACACGGAGAGGAGGGGAGCAAAAGAAUCCGACUUGAAGAUACAGCACAAGUGGUGGUUUUAUAGGACAUUUCUUGCCUACCUUCUCCUCCUCAGAGCUGUAAUUGUAGUAGCUUCUGGUACAGAGUGGUUGUGCCUCUCAUAAAUGUGUCCCUCUGAGUCUCUAAUUAUAAGCUAGACUUGUAUUUGUCAUUUUGGACUUAGUUGUUGUUACCUACCUCUGUCAGGUCAUGCCUCCUAAAGCAAAGUCCUCCAGUAACGUGUUGUGUGAGUUCUCCUCUGCUACUUAGUGCUUUACAUAGUGCAUGUUCAACUUCAUGAUGUACAUUUAAACUGAUGAUAUUCACACACACACACACACACACACACACUAAACAAACAGGGUCUUAAGGUGAUGGUAUAUGCAAAUAAUUCUGCUUAGCUGCAGUGCAAAGGAUAAAUCAGGACAGUUUAUACAGUAUUACACAAGCUGAAGUCAGUAACAGAACAAACCUGUUUAAUUGACUGUUGAAUGCUUUCGACUCGACGUGUUGUGUGGGAAAACCACCAAUCUCCUCUCCAAGCAGGUUAAAACAAAUGCUAAGACAUUUUUUGCAGAUACCAUUCGCCUCAAGUCAGGAGUACCUGUCCAAUCCCAGAGGAUGAGAUCCCGGUUCUUUCAAUGACAAGAAUCAGAUCCGGUCGGACCAGUUUUGUGUCAGCAGCUGACUGCGGGACUGUUUGAUUUUGUAGACGCGAAAGACUUUUUUUUUUUUUUUUCAUCCUCCGACUCCCAACUGUCAGUCGACAGCAGAUGUGUGGAACAAACCGGGAACCAGUUGGUGAAAAAUGUCAGUGCUGCUCAAAAAAAAGAAACAUUUAAAAAAAAAAAAAAAGAAGAAGCAAUAGGACAAAGUGAUAGCCAUAGUUAAAAUUGAUGACUGCUAAACCACUUUAGCACUUUUCUCAGACGUUUGAGGAACACCUUUUCUCACUUUUCAUUUCCGUUGUUUUUUUCUUUUUAGACCGUUAGUUCUCUUUGAUAUAUAUAUAUAUAUUUUGUAAUGUAGCCAUGGGGACCGCUAACACAUGAUCUACUUUUACAUUCUGAGUAAAAGUAUAGAUGUUAGUGCUCUGUAGAGAUCCCCGAGAAGUUUCAUUUGUUAAAAAAAAAUACGAUUGGCAACCAAACCACUACUAUUUUUCUCUUAUUUUCUUCACAAAUGAACAAAAAUGCAUGAUUUAGACGAAUUUGUUUGGGUUUCACUUUAUUUUUCCGAGUUUCUGAGUCGAAUAAGAGAUGAAACGAGAACAAGGAAAGCAUGGUGGUGUUUUAAUGACGACAAAACGUUUUCUUUUUUGCUUUCCGAUUCGAGACAAAUUCGAUGUUUCCGUCUUUACGUGAAGUUAAAAAAGACCGAUUGUGAUUGUCGGGUUUCAUUGAAAGAAGCUUUGAAGUGUCUCAUGUUAAUUUAUUCUGUCACUACACUGCAGCUCUUUUCUUAUUUCUAUCGAGAGGCACCACAGACUUCGCCCCCCAGGCAACGCUGAAUGUGAAAAAUGGUGACGUGUUCAUUUCUUUUCAGAAUUUUUUUUUAGCUCGCCAGCUACUGCUUAUGUGCCUUUAUUAUUCUAAAUAUCCUAGGUUGGACAUGAGGUCUUUGAUUUCAUUUGCUUGUGCAGGAUUAAGAAGUUUACACUACUUGCAAAUCUGACUGCUGUUUAUGGGGCAGAGAGUGAAUGUGGUAGAGUUUACACGUUGACUGAUUUUUGUUCAAAACUUUCUCUGCUGUUCGUAGAGGGCGACUUUUUUUGUGUGUUUCUGAAGGUUUCUAGACCAAAGUGAUCGAAGGAAAGCUGUAAUCUCAACAUAUGAAUACUUUAAAAGAGAGUUCAAUCAAUAUUUGAGAAGUAUUUUUUUGUCUUUGUGGGACAACAGUAGAGUGAUAAAACCGUAGGAACUGGCUGGAUGUAAUUGAUCCCUGAACGGUUUCUUAUUUCUCCCAUCAUCAGUUAUGUCCUCUUUUAGGAAGUCAGUGUUAAGUUCAAUAAAUUUUUCACCAUGAAGUAUGUAAA